CGUUCAGGUCAUCGUUCAGAUCAAUGGAGGAGUUUGAUAUGGAUAGUCUCAGAUCAAUGGGGGCGGAGUUGGCGGAGCUGGAGCGCGCUCAGAUCGAAGUCCUCCAACAUGUAAAUGAACUCGAAGACUUCAUUCUAGGCGUCGAAAUCUCUCGAAACCUCUCCAUCUCUUCUAACGAUGAUUCCGCCGCCGUCGGCACCACAACUGAAGACCGACUCUCUGCUCUACUCCGCGAGAACGGCGUUAACAACUUCGCCUUCAGGCGCGUCUCCUCUGACUACUACCAGUGGUCUCUUGAAGCUCGCCGGGACGUCCUCCGUGCCGCUUCCGUCAAUCACCUCUGCAAAAGCAUCGUUCUGGUAAAUACUCAAGCACCAAGUGAUGUAACUGAUUGUAAGGAUCGUUACAAUUCAAAAUACUAUGUGGUCAUUGUGCAGUAUACUGCUCGGUUUAACGCUGAGGCAGUCAAGAAUUUUCUGUACACCCUGAACAAUGGUAACAUAGCAAAAAAGAAGUUCAACAUGAGGCUUGCCCCUGAGGAGAUCUCAAGAAAUUUGACGGGCUAUGAACACAAUGGUGUGACAUGCAUUGGCAUGAAAACAGACAUUCCUGUGAUCUUGGAUGAAGCCAUUACAAAACUCCAACCUGAAUUCUUUUGGUUAGGGGGUGGAGAAGUUGAUCUUAAACUGGGGAUCAACACCCAUGAGUUCAUCCACUAUGUCAAACCUUUCAUUGUUAGCUGUAGCAGUAGUAGUUGAUCUCCUAAAACAUUCUUUUUAGCACAUUCUUAGAAGCAAAAAGUAAUUACUAAUUAUUAUCAAUUUUUAUUUUAAAUUAGUAAGUAGUUUUUUUUUCCGAAGAUUCUUAGACCUGCACAAACAUAGAUUUGGGCUGUUUUUGUACAAAUAUUCGGGCAGAACGGCCAGCAAGUUUUCAUGAAUUUUAUUCACUUUCUUUGUCUAUUUGUGUUACUUAUUUACUUCGUAAUAAAAUAACAUAAUCAUG